GUGCGUGGGCUGAACGCGCCCGUGCCUUCAACUACGUCAUCAGUCGGGCGCGUGUGCGUUCUUCCUUUUCAAGAGUUGUAGGGAGAGCCCAUAACGCUAGCUCUCACUUGUGAACCACAUUAGGCUAAUUUAGCUGUCUAUCUGGUUUCCACAGCGGGGUAAAAAAUCGCUGCUAACCCCACAACAUCUGAGAAGAGUCCAGCUUCUAGCCAGAUCAUGGCAGAUUUCUCGCUGGCAGAUGCUUUAGGAGAUGACACACCGAGUCAGGCUAAGAGAAUAGGCAACACUAACCCUUCUGUCCCAGGCGGCAAUCCCCCAGCUCCCUCUAACCCGGGAUGGCCAGGUUCGGCCCCUGGAGCUCCCACCCAGCCCUCAGCACCGGCUGACUUUGGCAGUGGAUCAUCUGGCCCUGGAGCACCAGGACCGUUCCCAUUUUCAUCAGGUCCUGGAGCACCAGGGCAAUACCCAGGACCACCUUCAGCACCAGGAGGGUUCCCUGCAGGUCCUGGAAUACCUGGACAGUAUCCACUGGCACCAGGAGCACCUGGCCAGUUCCCUUCCAGUCCUGGCGCCCCGGGGCAGUUCCCUGGGCAGUAUCCCCCUGAAGGAGCUCCAGGACAACUACCUGGAGGUCCUGCUUCUUAUCCAACAGGACCAUUUCCCUCUGGUCCCGGUGCUCCGUCUGGGCCUUAUCCAAAUAUGCCUUUCCCUGGUAGUCAGGCAGGAGGUGGCAAUGGGAUGUAUGGACCAGGAGGUCCUGGUGCUUUCCCCCCACCAGCUGGCCCUGGCUCUUUUCCUGCAUUCCCUGCUGGGGCAUUUCCUCCAAUCCCACCUGGGUCAUGGGGACCACUUCCAGGGGGUGGUUACCCUCCCGCCCCUGCCCCCUUUGGUCCCAGUGGAGGGCCCAUGGGUCCAUACGGGGGGUCUGCUGGACCAAGCGGCGCGCUGCCCAGAUAUAAUCCACGAUUUUAUUGAAAACAAUGAACUCGACCUUUCAAUCGGACAAGGACAUCACCUUCAGAAUCAACGAGUGAUGGUGCCGCAUGAUCUUCCCCUUCAUGCUGGAAUCAUGCCGCGGCUUUUAAUCACGAUAAUUGGGGAGCCCAGUCCGGGCGCCAGCAGGUUCAACGUUGACCUCAUCAAAGGCUCGGACAUCGUCUUUCACUUCAACCCUCGCUUUCCUGAGCAAACUAUUGUCAGAAACUCAAGACUGGGAGGCUACUGGGGGCCGGAGGAGCGGGAUGGAGGCUUCCCAUUUGUUGAGGGACGCCGUUUUGAGCUGAAGAUCCUGGUGGAGGAGGACAUGUUCAAAGUGGCGGUGGACGAAACCCACCUGCUGGAGUACGAGCACAGAGUGGGCGGCCUGGAGGAAGUGACCCUGCUGCGAGUGGCCGGCGACAUCCUCCUGGACAGCGCGGCUCCAAGCAUGAUCUGAGUCCCCGACCCGGGCCGCACGCCUCCCAGGCUGCCUGGCUCCAACUCCGCAGUUGUAUUUGAAAUCCUUUCAGAUCUGUUGUGAGGAAUAUUUAGGGAGGGGGGGGACGCCGUAAUCAGCGAGGUGCAGCGGUUUUCCACCUGGCAUGUUUAGCACAAAACAAAAGGCAGAUUAUUCCAGGUCUGCACACUAUAAUCCUUUUUUCUUUUUUUUUUGGGUGGGGAUGGUUCGGGGUCUUCUUAAACUGGAUGACAUCUCCUCGCAAAGCUACUCAGAACCCAACUGUUUUUAUUUGAAAUAUUACAUAAAUAGGGACGAGAAGUGCAUCUCAAACAGAUGCUUUAAGAAAAAAAACUAAUUUAUAUGGAAUGAAAUGAUUGUAGGUGUAGUGGAAAAGUGCGAUGUGUCCCAAACAUUUCAGAUAUUUCCAUGAGUGAGAAGUGUUUUCUGUUUUGUUUUUGUAUGCUUAUUAGUCUGUAUGAAUUGCACGAUAAGCCUUCUGCGGUGCAUGGGAGCACGAUGCAGAGAAAUCCCACCGUGUCCUCGUAUUUCAGAGCAGGACGUCCACCCUCAAGCCGCACAGGCGGAAAGAUCCAAAUGUAUUAAUAUACUGACUCCUGUUUUAUUUCCAGAGGAAAUCCUCUUGAACUCUCCAACCGUAGAGCUAUUGAAAUGUUUUGCAAAUUCUGAUUUCACGUUGAAGUCAUAACAUAGGUGCAGAUUAUUAGAAGAAAAUAUAACAAGGGGGGUGGGCUCUAUGACUUGUUGCCAAGAAUAGAUGGUUUAAUGUUAUGAGAUGUUGGGAUCAUUAUGAAGGCGCAACAAGCAAAAACUGACUCAUUAAAAGCUGUUUGAUGCUAAUUAUGUAUGAAUGUACAUGUGGGCUGUGAGCACAAUAAAUUCUGGCUUCACCUUGACCUUUCCUUCUUGCUCAACAAUAACAGGAAAUUCUGUCUUGGGAAAUUUAAGUUGGUGCCAUUAGAUGUACAGCCAUAGA